AACCUGGCAGCCAAAGUACGGAGACUGAGGGCUUGUCCAGCCGGGCCAAAUCAGUCCCAGCUCUGGACCCGGGCCGGGGGCUCUUCCAGUCCACGAGUCCUCCACCAGCUUCCAGUGCGGAGCCAGGUGGCCGGCUCCGGAGUCCGUCCCCGCCAAAAGUCAGGACCCCCGUCAGAGUGCCCGAGCGCUUUAAAAGCCCAGAGCCCCCGUCAAAGAUGGCAGCAAGGAUUAGGAGUCCCGAACCUCCACAGGCUCCUGUGGGUCCGGAGCCAGUCAUCCAUCACUCGCAGGAGCAGAAUGGAACAGUACCGAAGAACAUCGUCAACGGAACACACAGCGGUCCCAGCAGCCAGCCGGGACCCGGCACCGGGCCUGUGGACCCAGCGGAGGACCCGGGCCUGACACGCAAGAAAAUAGUGAAGGUGGUCCGCCGGGUGGUCCGGAAGGUCCUGCCACCGGACGACCAGCAGACCUCUGUGCCGGGGCCGAACGCCGGCACGGCUCUGGAAACAUGCAAACUCAGUAAUGAGCUGGUCAAAGUGGCUCCAGAGCCAGGUCCGGCACCGGGGUCAAAGGUCCACACGAAGUCUGGGUUCUCCUUCAAACAUGACACCAUCAGAACCGAAGACCAGGACCACGUGUCUCCAGGUCUGACCAGCCUGAUGGUGCGAGGUCGGACUCGAGAGCCGCGGCCACGGAUACGCAGAGAGGAGCGCCCGGAACCGGCCAAGGAUGGGAAAGAGGAACCCCUUCAGUCCAGAGACCUGAAAACUGACCCCAAAGAGGACAAGGACCCCCCAAAAGUCCAGGACGGGGAUCGGGGCUUGGCGCAGAGCGCUGCAGGUGGCAGCCGCUUCAUCGCUCCUGUCGCUUCUGUGAACCCGACAGUCCAAGCUCCUCCCAGAGGUCCUCAUUCCAGACCCGGACCUGUUCCUACGGUGGUGGGCUUCAUCCCGGCCCCGAAGCCCACCCUGCCGGGUCCUGCACCGAAGCCCACCCCGCCGGGUCCUGCACCGAAGUCCACCCCGCCGGGUCCUGCACCGAAGCCCACCCCGCCGGGUGCUGCACCGAAGUCCACCCCGCCGGGUCCUGCACCGAAGUCCACCCCGCCGGGUCCUGCACCGAAGUCCACCCCGCCGGGUGCUGCACCGAAGUCCACCCCGCCGGGUCCUGCACCGAAGUCCACCCCGCCGGGUGCUGCACCGAAGCCCACCCCGCCGGGUGCUGCACCGAAGCCCACCCCACCGGGUGCUGCACCGGGCUUCAUCCCGGUCCCUAAACCAGCGGAGACCGCCAAGCGCAGCACCGCCAGUCCCCCCUCUCCCCGCCCAGCAGGACAGAAAAGUCCUCCAACACACUUCAACCCCAUCCUCAGACCUCCACCGGCCGCCGCCGGCCCCCCUCCCUCCGUCCCGGCUGUAACCCCGCCCCCUUCAGGAGCCCCUCCCGCUGUCAGUCAGCCAGAGGUACAUGCCGGCAGUUUGAAGCACGAGUCCAUGCAUGUUUGAGGUGAGGAGCACUGCAGUGUUUGC